UUCAGUUUCCUUUUCUAUAUUUCCUUUUCUUUUCUUUUUUUUUAAUGGCAGUUUCUUCCUGCUGAAAGAGCGUGUGCGUUUCUUCUCUGUUGUCUUGUAUAAAUACUACUGAAUUUGUACUACGUGCUUGCUUGCUUCCACAAACCAAACCCAAAUUUUAAUUUUAGGGUUAUUUAAGUUUAAAACAAAGCAAAAAUCACCUACCCAUUUCAGUUUCUUUUCUGUUUUGGCACCGACAAAACGGGAAAACAAUGAAAAGAGUGGUAAAGUUAGAGUCUUUACUAUCUGUAAGUAGACUCACAUUAAUCCAAACGUUAAUGGGUGUUCUUCUUUUCUACUUACUCUUCAUCACCCUUCAAGUUCCUCUUGUUUUUAGAAAUGGGUACUAUGGCUCGGUCCCCAACGACGCCGACGACGUUCUGCCCCGACCUUUGUUAUCAUCUGGAAGCAACGACGAUGGUCUUCCCUUAGCAAACCCGGAACCUCCUUCUCGGGUUAUGAAGCGGUCGCCUGCAAGGCGAAUGCGAGAAAAAAAAACACUGUCCGGUUUGUUUUUCAAUGAAACAAUUUUUGAAGGUAAUGAUUCUGCGGAUGAGUUCUCUAUUCUACACAAAGCUGCUAAAGACGCGUGGCUAGCCGGUAAAAAGCUAUGGGAUGAUUUAGAGUCCGGUAAAAUUAACCAACUCAACUCCACCGACAAUAACCGGACCGAGAAGUGCCCGGCUUCUAUAGCUUUAUCCGGGUCGGAGUUUUACGCCAGGAAUCGGAUCAUGGAGAUUCCUUGUGGAAUGACUUUAGGAUCCCACAUAACGGUGGUGGCUAAUCCUAAGUGGGCUCACCCUGAGAAGGACCCGAAAAUAGCGUUGUUGAGGGAAGGGGAGGAGGAGUUGAUGGUAUCACAGUUUAUGAUGGAGUUACAGGGGUUAAAGACCGUUGAUGGAGAGGACCCACCUAGGAUUCUUCAUUUUAAUCCCAGAUUAAAGGGUGAUUGGAGUGGCAAACCUGUCAUUGAACAGAAUACUUGCUAUAGAAUGCAGUGGGGUAAUGCUUUGAGGUGCGAAGGCUGGAGUUCUAGGGCUGAUGAGGAAACUGUUGAUGGACAGGUGAAGUGCGAGAAAUGGCUCCGUGAUGAUGAUGGUAAUUCAGAAGAUUCAAAAGCCACAUGGUGGUUGAACAGACUGAUAGGGCGAAAGAAGACGAUUUCAUACAACUGGCCAUUCCCUUUUGCAGAGGGGAAGUUAUUUGUUCUUACCCUUAGUGCUGGCCUGGAAGGUUACCAUAUUACCGUUGAUGGAAGACAUAUCACUUCUUUCCCUUAUCGUACUGGAUUUGUUCUCGAGGAUGCCACUGGAUUGUAUUUGAAUGGAGAUAUUCAUGUACAUUCUGUUUUUGCUGCUUCGUUGCCUUCCUCACAUCCAAGCUUUGCACCACAAAAACAUCUUGAGAUGCUCACAAAGUGGCAAGCACCACCUAUUACUGAGGAGCAAGUGGAGCUCUUCAUUGGCAUUCUUUCUGCUGGCAACCAUUUUGCUGAGCGAAUGGCUGUAAGGAAAACAUGGAUGCAGCACAAGUUGAUAAGAUCUUUAAAAGUGGUGGCUCGAUUUUUUGUAGCACUGAAUGGGAGAAAGGAAAUAAAUGUGGAGCUAAAGAAAGAAGCAGAUUAUUUUGGUGAUAUUAUUAUGGUUCCAUACAUGGAUAACUAUGACCUUGUUGUAUUGAAGACUGUUGCAAUCUGUGAAUAUGGGGUUCGCAUUGUGGCUGCAAAAUAUAUUAUGAAGUGUGAUGAUGACACUUUUGUUAGGGUGGAUACCAUGAUCAAUGAAGCAAAGAAGGUGCCAAGUAAUAGAAGCUUGUACAUUGGAAACAUUAACUACUACCACAAGCCUUUGCGUACUGGUAAAUGGGCUGUGACGUUUGAGGAAUGGCCGGAAGAAGAAUACCCACCCUAUGCAAAUGGUCCCGGUUAUAUUGUAUCCUCUGACAUUGCAAGAUUUGUUGUAACCGAGUUUCAAAGUCAUAAAUUGAGAUUGUUUAAGAUGGAAGAUGUGAGCAUGGGAAUGUGGGUGGAAAAGUUCAACAGUUCAAAACCUGUGGAGUAUGUGCAUAGUUUGAAGUUUUGCCAGUAUGGAUGUGUUGAAGAUUAUUACACUGCUCAUUACCAAUCUCCAAGGCAGAUGAUAUGCCUUUGGGACAAAUUACGCCAGGGAAAUCCCCAGUGCUGCAAUAUGAGAUGACCGAUGUACGAACCCAUUUUGGUAGUGUCCAGCCUUAUUACAAUAGUUCCAAGAAGACCAAGAAAGGGAGAAAGAAAAAGUUUUGCAGUCAUAGUAAAAUCUCUGUACAUAUUCAGAGCGAUUUAGUAUAUACUGGAUUUCUGAUCAUCAUCGCAUAUGCCAUUAUGUGAUGUUCUUUGUUUCAAAUAGUCAAUCAACUUCCCUUGUUGCUGUAUCAUACUCUAGCAACAAUGAUAAUAGAGGGAUUAUACAAUUUAUAACAGACGUGCUGGUUUGUAAUCUAAAGUGGGAAAACAUAGGAGUGGAAAGAAUUAAAACAUUCUGUUUGAACA